GGCAAGCGGAAUGUAAACAGGGGACCGGGGAGUGGCCUUCGGGUAACACAGGCUACGGGUCAGUGGUGGAACUCGGCGGAAGUUGGGGGAAAACGAGGCUGGUGGGUCUUGGGGUGACGGGAGUAAGAAGCUUCAGAAGUCGGAGUUGAGGCCCACCGCGGGUGUGGCAGAGCCAGGACGCUAAGUUUUUCCAGAAUGGCUUCCUUUGGAUGGAAAAGGAAGAUCGGUGAGAAGGUCUCAAAGGUCACAUCCCAGCAGUUUGAAGCUGAAGCUGCUGAUGAGAAAGAUGCAGCCGGGAAAGAUGAAGGCAGCUGGCUCCACGCUGUUAAACGGAGGAAAGAGAGUCUCCUUGAAGGCUGUGCCGAGAAAAGCAAACAGCUGAAGGAUGAAGGAGCCACUCUCGCUGAAAAUAAAAGAUACCGAGAGGCCAUUCAGAAGUGGGAUGAAGCACUACAGUUAACCCCAAAUGAUGCUACCCUGUAUGAGAUGAAAUCACAGGUCCUAAUGUCUCUUCAUGAAAUGUUCCCAGCAGUUCAUGCUGCAGAAAUGGCUGUCCAGAGAAAUCCACAUUCAUGGGAAUCUUGGCAGACUUUGGGGCGUGCUCAGCUUGGAUUAGGAGAGAUAGUCUUGGCAAUUCGAAGUUUUCAAGUAGCCCUUCACAUCUAUCCAAUGAACCCUGAGAUAUGGAAAGAAGACCUUUCUUGGGCAAGAACACUCCAGGAACAGCAGAAAGUAGCAGAGAGGAUUAAAAAGAGUGAAGUACCAGCAGAAGCAACACAUUUCUCACCAAAGUCAAUUCCUGACUAUGACUUUGAAAGUGAUGAGAUUGUUGCUGUUUGUGCAGCUAUUGCUGAGAAACAGAAGACAGUUGCAGCAAAUAAAACAAUGGUUAUUGUGUCAGCUUCUGGGACUGUAGAGACUGUGACCGAGAAGGAGGAUGGUGCUGCACCACCAGAUGGCUCUGUUUUUAUCAAAGCCCGAUGAAGCUUAGCAAGAGUCAUUUGAACCCAUCUUUGAUUACCACUUAACUUUUAGGCGUGGGGGCAUUUAGUCUGGAGAAACAGGGUAAAACUCCUGCUUGUUGAAUAGUUUUUCAGAUGAGGCAUAUAAAACUUAAGUGAAAGAAUUAUUGUAUAGUUUUUGGACUGUGCUUUGAUGUGUGCUUUCAGCUCAAGAUUAAAAUUCUGAGUACAUGGUUUUUUGAUUAAGAAGCUUAAUUUAAUCCAAAUAUAUAAGUGAAUGCAUUUUCAAGAUACAACUUGAAAAGUAAGUUCUCAAAUAGUGAAUAACUUGAUGGCCGGUGUUAUUAAAAUAUUGACUUGUUGAUUUUUGUUUAAAGGAAGUAGGCUUCUUUCCCUGCUAGAAAUAUACUGCUGUUCCUAUUCACUCUUCUUUUUCUCUUGUUUCAUUAGAGUAAGUCUGUCACAAAGCUUGAAUCUUUUUGAUACUCAUUUUGAUUCAGAGUUGUCAUUUGGUCCUAUGUAGGAUCUUGAAAGUUUGAAAAUGCAUGCAAAUGUGUACGCUGAACAUUUUCUGAAGUUUCUCUUAAUUUUGAUUUGUGCUUUUAACUUUAUAACUAAUAUAACAAUGAUAGUUGCCACUUUCAGUAUUUUUUAGAUGUGUGAGAUACUGACAAAUGUCAGAAUCAUGGUUUAUUUUUUAAAUUAUUAAGGCAGAUAGAGUAGUCCUUAGGACCAAAUGAGUCAUUUUAAAGAUGUGCAUUUUAAAAAAAUCAGUGGCUCUUAUAGAUACAUCAUACCAAAUUGCACUACUGUUUUCCCCGUCAAAAGUAGUAUUUUCUUUUCCUUAUUUUUAAAAGAUUAAAAACAACUUAUUUCUUGCUGUAGUUUCCUAGCUGAUGGUUUAGAAUUCCUUUUCUAGUUAACUUUUAUGGAACUGCUCAGUGAAAUGAGAAACAAUCACAAUUUUAAAUGACUCGAUUAUACUUUUCUAAAAAUUGAGGAGGAAAAAUAGAUAUGUUAUUGAAGUAAAGGAGUGAAUAACGUUUGGCGCAACAUACACAGAAACUGAAGUGUGAUUUACAGUUUAAUCCCAUGAGUAGAAAGGAUAUAUUGAAGGAUAUAUUUCAUUGAAAGGUCACCAUCACAUCCACAAAUCAAUACUGACAUUGCUAAUGUUAAUUAUUAUUUUAGUACAGUUAUAUAGAACUGCUGGGUACUGUUACUUCUGAAACUCAGGAAGCUAGUAUUGGUAUUUUAUCCUUGUUAGAGAGGAAGUAAGUUACUUUUUAUUUUAAGGAAGUUUAUCUUGCUCACUGGGAGCAUGUACAUGUAAUGGUCUGAGAUGACUGAAAAACUUCUUUUUUAGUGGAAUGCUUGCUUCUUUUUUUCAGAGUUGGAGAAGCCAGCAUUUGCCUUGAAAAGUAUUAUUUUUUCCCCCCCAAAGUUAUAUCAGAUAGUUAGCUCUGGUUAGAGAAUUUUGUUUUAGAAAGAUAAAAAAAAAUCAGUUAUAUUUUAUUUUGUUUAAUAAUGCAUAUUCUUCAAGGGCAGGUAGAUGGGUGUGUAGAGAAAUGUGCACUUACUGUUUCAUAUGUUGUUUUGAGUAAUGGAUGUUGAUUGUAUAGUUUGUGAAUAAAUAGGUUUUUUUGCUUUUAAAGGUUUGCCUGUUACUUUGUGUUGUUAGCUUUUGAAAAAAUUAGAUUGAUUAAUUUAUUUCUUAUGUGAAAAUAAAAUAUAUAAGGCACCUUGUAUGGUGUCUUGUGUAUGAAGUACUCAGUAAAUGCUAGCUGUUUCUAUGAAGCACUUUAAUUGGUUUUAUUUAACCUCACUUUCUUCUGAUUUUAAGAAAAGAGGAAAACUUCUUUGUAAUUUUUUCCAUACUUAGAAGUGAGAAGUCACUCCUUCUGAUGCUACAGACAGCUGGCUUUCAGUUGGGGAAUGUUCUUGGUAUAGGUUUAUACCUCAACCCAAAAGAAACAAGAUCCAGGAUGGGAGCGCAUGUAGCUACUAGAUUCUGUUUAUGAACCUGCUGUUGCCUCUGUACUGACAUCAGUAGGCCAGGUUAGUUUCUUUCUUACACAGAGAUAAGACAUAAGAUGGUUUAGAUGCAAGGUGGAGGAGAUAAACAAAAUAGUGGAUUAUGGAGGAGAAAGGGAUCUCAUUUCUUCAGGCCCCCAAAAAUGCUUAGUUAGCACUCUUUUGUGUAUGAAGGGAAAAAUGCAUACAUUAUUUUAUAAGGAUAUGAAUACUGAUAGAUUUAUACUAAGCUUGGUAACUAAUAGCAAAUUCUUUCAAUCUGAGGGAAAUAAUUGAUGUUCAUGAUAAUAUAAUUAAAGAUAUUUAAUAUACUUUCUGAAACAACAUUAAACACUAAUACUAUAUUCAACUUAAUUUGUAGUAUUCUUAUCUGAAAAUGUGUGUGGCAUAGAUACUCAUUAGUCAGAACACUAUACAAUCCAGACCAUGUCUGAUAAUUUGAGAAUCAUUAUUCUCUAAACAACAGGUUCUUAGAUUAUAAAGUAUUUAUCUUAAAUGUGCUAACAAAUACUACAUAAACACAUGCAAGGUUUAGACCACAAAACCUGAAUCUAUUUUAUUUUUUUGUAAUUAUUUUUUUCUUUAAAAAAAAUUUUUUUUUACAUUUUUUAAAUUGGAUAGUAAUUGCUUCAAAUAUUGUGAUGGUUUCUGCCAUACAUCAACAGGAAUCAGCCACAGGUAUACACGUUUCCUCUCUCUUGAACCAAGAUCUACUUUAAUUGGAGCCUAUGUUUUAUGGUACACUUCAGUAUGAAAUUAGCUUUUAAUUGAUGUUAUAUGUCAAAACUAUAAAGAAGAGUUUAAAUUAAAAAAGCUUUGGCUCAGAAAGCUGUUGUUUUCGUGAUUAUAACUGACCAAUAUAGCCUUUUCAGUUUGAAAAUUGUGCUUUGUGUAAUGACGUCAAAAGCUCGUUUCCCUGCCUUUCUCAGCAGCUUCUCAGCAGCAGGAAAUUGUUAAUAAUGUCUUUAAUUUCAGACUUCAUGAGUCAGAAGCCUUUUAAAAUUGGUUUGGACUUUGAUUUCAUGACAUACAUAUAUCUUAAUGAGUUGUACGUUGACACAAGAACCAUAGUUCUAUAAUUAUCUUCAAAUCAAUAGGUAUAUUAAGUGUGUUUUUCCUUAGAGAUUAUUAUGAAACUGAUGUUGUGUUUUGUAAUUGAUGACAUUUUAGGAUUGAGAAAAUAAUGUGCUUUUUAAGCCAAUAAUAAAAAUACACAAGUUUGUAAAUGAUUCACUCAUUACUAAAGUAAAAUGAAAUAUGUCACUUUACCUACGUGUAAUUAAAUAUGCCUACCUGAGUGGAAGAGGGGAUGGCCCUGUAGCCAGUGUACCAUGAACUGUGCCUUAAUGAGUGUUAUGUGUGAACCUUACUUGCUGUGUGUGCCAGAGUGGAAGAAAGGGUGAGAAAUGAUAGUCUAUACUUGAUUGAGAAGGCAGAAGGAUGGGGAAGGGAAUGGCUUUUUUUCCACAGUGCUUUGACCUCCAUUAACCAAGGAAUUCCUGUCUCUCCCUUUGUUCCUCCCUGCCAUCUCCCCAGUAAAGGGAGUUUAAGAUAGAAAACUGGGCAUGCAAGCCUCUUUCUGCUUUUGUUUUUUGGAAUGUGUCGUGCCUGCAGACAGCCUAUGUUGUGGUCUCUUGCUGGAAAUGAAUGUUUUGCAGCAAAGACUGUCCUGCGAGAGGAAACCUGUAGUUGUUCAGGACUGCACAUGCCUUGGAGCAGGUCUGUCUAAUUCUGGGUUUGACACUAGGUGGCCAUUGUUGGCACAAACCUAAAUCAUAUCCUUUAACCUAUACUUUUUCAGCAAUAAAUCUGACUUUUAAAUCUCUGCAUGACAUUUUGUCUCUCAAGUGUCAGGAAGGGAAAAUGAGUGUUACUUUAUGAGUCCUUCAUAACAAAGAUUACUGUAGAUUAUUUCAACGUAAGCAUGAGACAGAAACCAAAUUUCUUUCUAAUUUUAGAUUUUAUUUAAAUCAUGGAAAUUCUAUUGAAAAUGGGCAAUGUUUAAUUACAAGGCAAUAUAUAAACAUUUGUUUGGCAUAUUUAAAAGGUCUACUGUCUUAGCAUUGUGCCAGACCACAAUAUUGAUUCUAUAUUUAAUUUGAAGGAGAGGAUAUGAAACAGUAUCUCUGCCCAUCCUGUCAACUUUCUUGAAUGUAAUUUUGCAUAUGAUAAAAUGCACUUAUGAUAAGUUUAAGUUUGAAGAGUUUUAACACUACCAUCAAGAUGGAGAGUAUUUCUAUCACCCAGAAAGUUCUCUAAAGUUUAUUUAUAAUCAGUUCCCUUCCACGCCACAAACACUGUUCAACUAGUGAUUUGCUUUCUGUGACUACACACUGAUUUGACUUUUCUAGAAUUUCAAAUAAAUAGAUCAUACAAUAUAUACUCUUUCUGAUCUUCUUCACUUAGCAUAAUACUUUUGAAAUCCAUCCAUGUUGAGAUUCAUCCAUGCUGUUGUGUAAUGUAUUGCCUUUUGUUGCUGAGCACUACUAUGCUGUAUGGAUAUAUCACAAUUUGCUCUUCAUAUCUGUUGACAGACAUCUAGGUUGUGGAUGAACAUCUAAGUUUUGAUCUGCUGUGAAUAAAGUUGCUGUAUGCAUAUGUCACAA